CGCCAGAGCCUCCCCCGAUCCGAUCCGAGCCAUGGCCGACGAGGCGAAGGCCAAGGGUAAUGCGGCCUUCUCCGCCGGCGACUUCGAGCAGGCGGCGGCGCACUUCACGGACGCCAUCGCGCUCGCCCCGGGCAACCACGUGCUCUACUCCAACCGCUCCGCCGCGCUCGCCUCCAUCCACCGCUACGCCGACGCGCUCGCCGACGCCCACAAGACCGUCGACCUCAAGCCCGACUGGGCAAAGGGCUACUCGCGCCUCGGCGCCGCGCACCUCGGCCUCGGCGACGCCGCCAGCGCCGUCGCCGCCUACGAGAAGGGCCUCGCCAUCGAUCCCGCCAACGAGGCCCUCAAGGGCGGCCUCGCCGACGCCAAGAAGGCCGCCGCCGCCGCCGCCGCCCCGCCCCGCCGCGCCCCCUCCGGCUCUGGCGCCGACGCCAUCGGCCAGAUGUUCCAGGGGCCCGAGCUCUGGAGCAAGAUCGCCGCCGACCCCGCCGCGCGCGCCUACCUCGACCAGCCCGACUUCAUGCACAUGCUGCGCGAGGUGCAGCGCAACCCCAGCAGCCUCAACAUGUACCUCUCGGACCCCCGCAUGAUGCAGGUGCUCAGCCUCAUGCUCAACAUCAAGAUCCAGACGGGGCCCCCCCAGGACGCCGACCUGCCGCAGACCUCCUCGCCGCCACCACCUCAGCAGGAGCAGCCCGAGGCCAGGGCCAGGGAGGUGGAGCCCGAGCCGCAGCCCGAGCCCAUGGAGGUCUCGGACGAGGACAAGGAGCGCAAGGAGAGGAAAGCCGCCGCUCUCAAGGCCAAGGAGGCGGGGAACGCAUCCUACAAGAAGAAGGACUUCGAGACGGCCAUCCAGCAUUACACCAAAGCGCUGGAGCUCGACGACGAGGACAUCUCCUACCUCACUAACCGAGCGGCGGUGUACAUUGAGAUGGGAAAGUACGAUGAGUGCAUUAAGGACUGUGAUAAGGCUGUGGAGAGGGGAAGGGAACUUCGUGCUGAUUUCAAGAUGGUUGCAAGGGCACUGACAAGAAAAGGAACUGCUCUGGCCAAACUUGCUAAGAACUCAAAAGACUAUGAUAUUGCCAUCGAGACUUUCCAGAAGGCUUUAACUGAGCAUCGGAAUCCAGACACUCUCAAAAGGCUAAAUGAGGCUGAGAAAGCAAAGAAAGACUUGGAGCAACAAGAGUAUUAUGACCCAAAGUUAGCAGAUGAGGAGAGAGAGAAAGGUAAUGAGAUGUUCAAGCAACAGAAGUAUCCAGAAGCAAUAAAGCAUUACAAUGAGGCUCUCAGGAGGAACCCCAAGGAUGUUAAGGUGUACAGCAACAGGGCUGCAUGCUACACCAAGUUGGGUGCAAUGCCUGAAGGUCUUAAAGAUGCAGAGAAGUGUAUUGAGCUAGACCCAACCUUCUCCAAAGGGUAUACAAGGAAAGGCGCAGUUCAAUUUUUCAUGAAAGAACAUGACAAGGCUAUGGAAACUUACCAGGCUGGGUUGAAGCAUGAUCCGAAUAACCAAGAACUGCUUGAUGGUAUAAGGAGGUGUGUUGAGCAGAUCAACAAGGCCAACAGGGGUGAUAUAAGUCAGGAGGACCUGCAAGAGAAACAGAGCAAAGCUAUGCAGGACCCAGAAAUCCAGGGCAUACUUACGGACCCUAUCAUGCGACAGGUUUUGAUGGAUUUCCAGGAGAACCCUAGUGCUGCUCAGCAUCAUCUCAAGGACCCUGGUGUUGCACAGAAGAUUCAAAAGCUCAUAAGCGCUGGAAUAGUCCAAACGAGAUAAUCAAGCAAGCUAGAAGCAGAAGCGUUUGUGGGCACUUGUGUUGGUGCUCUUUUGCUCGGUUGGGCCGCCCUGCCUGUAUACACUUUUACCUCCCCAGUCCGAACUUCUAAUGUACGCCAUUUUCCGGUUGUAUUUGUGAGUACAGCUUUCCACACUGUUAUUCAUGUUUAUGGCUAUGAUGUUACAGUUUUAUGUGAGCAAUCUCUCAUUUUCUUA